AUGCUGGCACAAUAUUGGCAGGCACUACUGGGCGGACCGCGAGCAGAACUCGGUUGGACUGAGUUUGCGGGGCGGCUGCUAACCCGCGUGGCCCGCAUUGAAUCGGAUCAGCAAAAUUUGUUCACCGUUUCUCUUUGUCGUGCACGUUUGGUAUUUUGCUGGCAGCUGUGCCUUGAGGUCAAGACGCCCUGGCUCACUCGCACGGCUCCAAGGUCAAACUUUUUGUGUUGUGUCCUGAUCAAAGACUCCCCAGGUCGAGGUGCGGCGGACAUCUUUGCGCAGCUUCAGGCCGGCAGCCAGCAGCCCUGGGAGUCCGUUUUCUGCUUCUCCCCAGAGGUGCGGUCCACAAAAGCUCCACUCGGUGAGGUGGAAGCCGUUGUGCGAGUGCCCGACUUGGUCCAAGCGCUGCUGGGGUCAGAAGACUUUGCCGUCGAGGUUGGGCCCAGAUCGGCAGUGUGUCAAUGCGUGAGGCCGCUCGCAGAGUUGUCCGAAUUGUUUCACGAGAAGCCCGACACCGCGAUCAGGAUGUGGGAAAGCUUUGUCUGGUGUGGGGAGCCUCGACUUGAAGCAGCUGAGCUCAGUGCUGUCCGCUUUGUGCCCGCAGAUGCUUGCAGAGGCACGCUAUGGCUCCUGGCAGAGAGCUGCGAGAGCAGUGCCCCACUUCUUUUCCUGCAGAGGCAGAUGUCGGACUGCUCUUUUGGCGAUUCUCCGGCGGCGGCUGCUUUUCCUACGACCAGCUGCAGGCCGGGAGACUGGGACUGCUGCCUGCUGCCGCUGCUGGAGUCUUUGCAGGCCGAGCUGCGUGCAGAGCAGUCAGCUGCAGCAGAGCAUCUCUUGCUGCGCGGCAUGCCGGUGGCGCACCGAGAUUUUGGCCGAGAAGCGCAACGCGACACCCCAAGCCAGCGCACCGAGGCGUUGAUUCGACAAGCUGCUUCUUUCGAGGCACAUUUCCAUCGCAAGGAGAGCAUGGAACAAGUUUUUGCCCUUACGUCUUCCGAGGCUGUCGAGCUCCGAGUGGUGAGCGUUGGCGUGAAGCUCGAGACCGAAGGCAUCGCUCAGGAGCUUCGCAGGAGGAGCAGAGCGCUUUCUGCGGGGCUGGUGGUGGAGAAGGAGACUGAGACGGAGCAGUUUCAGACACAGGCGCCACGACAGUUCACGCGCAAAUCGGUCAUUAUCACCAAAUCGGAUCACCCGCUUCAAGAGUCCUUCUGGGAUGCUUUGUUGUUGGCAGGUCUGCGUGAGAUCGGCCCGGCGGGAGGUGGGAGCUGGCAGCCUCGGAUUCGUUCGAGGGUUGAAGUGGUGGUUGCGAACUACACCAGCAAAGCUGUGGCGGACAACAAUUCCUGGAGGCUGAACCUAGAUCUUUGCAAGAGUUGGGAGUGGUGGGCACUCGCAGUCAUGAUCGGUGCUCAAGACUGCUACUUUUGUGACAUCCAAUUUCCACUCCACAUGGUCGGCCCAGAGACCUGCGGCUGCACGGUAGACAGUUGGAUGUUCAUGGACAUUGGGCGCCGGCAGCGUCAGAACGAGCCGGCCUUCAAGGCAAGUCAGCACAAGAUAUUCUCCCAACAUCCUGCGGCUGCAGUCAGCAAAACGCGGCCUGGUGCCCGAAAUGUUCAGCUGUUAGCGAUCCUGAGCCAUGGAAUGCAAACUCAUUUCGGUUAUGUGCGACCACGCAAGGCCGCUGCCAAGAUCCAGGACAGCACGCGCUCCGGGAAGCUCUCCGCAGCCCAGCUGCGAGCGGCCUUGGCGCAGAUGGACCUCGGCCUGAGCUCGGAAGGAGGCGCCGGCAUGUCGGAGUUGGAGGAGUUUGCAGGGCUCCUAGCGGCUGCUACGCAGAAGAAGGUCGAGCAGUUUGACUACGCCUCUUUGGUCUCUGGUGGAAGCUGGAAGGGUCCGACGUUGGAGGAUGCAGUUGCCACUGUUUGCCGCGGCAGCAAGAGCUUGUCGAAGCCUGCCAGCGCGGACAAGAGGCAUAUGCUGUCCAUCCUCUUCUACAAGACUGCGGAAGCAGCCAAGAAGUUGGGCUUGUCAGCUCAGCGAGCUUUCGAUGGCUUGGACCGUGGCAGCAAGGGCUUCCUCAACGCCGAGGAUUUGCGCUUGGCCGUGCUUCAGAUUGUCGGAGGAGAUCAAAGUCUCACCUUGAAGGACCUUGGCAUUCUUCCCUCAACAAGGUUGAACUUUCCGGACUUCGAGAAGCGCUUGAAUUUCGAUUUCGGCCUGCUCUCAAAGCACAUGGGCGAGGUCUUUUCUGACGAGCCUUCGAUCAGCGAGUCAGAUUUCGUCAAUCGUCUGAGCCAGAUUGCUGGCCUGGACAAGGCGACUCUACAAAGCUGGCUACAGCUCAUGUACCCGGGGGGUUGUCCGGUCGAUGGCGUUGGGCGCGGUGCGUGUGAGACUUUCCUCGCGACAACGCCUGCGCUGGUUCCAGGAAGCACAGGCGCUGUCCUCAAACUUCAAGGCUUUAACAUUCGCGCAGAGUUGAUGAAGGAUGCCGAGGCCGAAGGAACAGCUGGCACAUUGCCAGCAUGGGUAGCCGUGUCUCGUGGGCGCGACCUGCUGAAGAAGCUUGCGGCCAAGGAUGCUGACCAGCUGGUUAAAUCCGUUGCGGAGGUGUCAGCCAAGUAUCCGGCGGCCGCGCCUCAAGAGGUCAUUGCCGGUGCUCGUAUGAAGACAGAAUCCGAAGCUCCGCUUAGAACUGAAACUCUGCUGAGUUGUGCCGAGAGUGAGAGAGUCGUGGAACAUAUCUUGGAGGUUACCUUCAAGUCUGUGACGGGGUUCAGCAGAGCUGCAGAAGUGUUCAUCCGGUACAGCUGCUAUGGCACCAAUUGCGUUGCCGAUGCACCAGCUUCAGCACAGAUGGACUUCAGUGCAAGGCAUGUUUUCGGCCUCAGCAGCAGUGACUCGCUGGCGAAGCUUUUUGAAGGACGGGAUCAUGCAUUCACAAUUCAGGCAUGGAUCGCUGUUGCAAAAGAUGAACUCCGACGACCCCUUGCAGUCGCCGUGGUUCCAGCGGCCGAGUUGCGCUCCUUCUUGGAGUCCAGUCUGCUGGAAAGGCCACGCCCCGAAGCGGUUCUUGGAUCGCAAAGGAAGUGGGCUCUAUCCUUCACUCCGGUACCCAUCACGGACCCCAAGCUGAAGAAGCCGCCUCUUGAUGCCGUCAAGGGAGACGUAGAGCUGGUGGUGCAUUAUAGUCGGCGCCCAAAUCCGGAUCCACAGCGAAUGGCGUUACCUUGGAACUCCUCCUUUGCUGGCCGCUUGGUGGUUUGUAGGAAGGGUGUUGCAAGCGUAACGUGUGAUGACCCAGAAGAGGCUCCGAGUGGGCUUGCACCACGAGAAGAGGUGCCAAAAGCACUUCCCCCACCUGGCUCGGUGAUCAUCAAGAUCUCGAUCGUAGGGCUUCAGCUCCAAGCGGACGCCUUGCGUGGCUUGGUGGCUCGUUGUUUGCAAGGCCAGCUGCUAGCUGCUCCUGGUUCUGUCGGCGGCCUUGUUAGCAAGGCGCCGAAAUUCUUCAUGCGCCUUUGCCUCUUUCCCGGAAAGCCUGCUAUGCAAGUAGCGGGCUGCGGUGGCUGGGUGGAAAGUGGAGUGAAACCGGUUCCCGAGAACUUGUUGGCUCCGGCCAGCCUUGCCAAACCUGAGGGGGCGCAAGUGAAGUUCGAUUUCAGCUGGAGCUCGCCCCCCCUGGAAGCAAGCCAAGCUGUUCAGUCACUCCAGGAUGGAGUUGUGGCCCUGGAAGUUUGGAUUCGACACCCAGCUGCGGACCUGCGCCUGGCCGAGAAGUCCGUGCCGCUCCAGUCUCUGCUGGAGGCCGUGUCACCGGAGGAUUCCAGCGAACUGCGUCUACGGACUCUGCAGCCAGCCAAAGUGGACUUGACUGCAGCUUUCGAGCGUGAUGGGAAGGCUUUGGCUCAGGUGUCCGCCGGUUCACUGGCAGAGUUGCAGCUCCCCAACGGCCCAGGGACCCUGUCAUGGCUCGUCGAGAAGCCCAGGCCAAAGCCCAAAGAACCACAGGCUCCUUUACGGGCGGAGUACUUGGUUCACCUUCGAGAGGUCCUUCUAUCUGGAGAUUUUGUGCAGCAUUUGGCCGGCGAGUCUUUGACAUCCGCCAAGGAAGAAGAGCAGGGAAGAAGGUACACCCGCAGAAGCUUGGACGCCUCACAGGCGGCUCCGGACGUGCCUCUCUUCUACCUGGAAGUAGCUGAGGGUUAUGUGUCUGCAUGGCCAGGCUCCUCUGGCAGUCGCUUCCGCUCUGCUCCUGUCCGUGGCGCACUUGAUGGGCAAGGCUGGGUGCGUGUGAAUCCUGGCGAGGAUGCCUCCCUUUCUUUGCCUGGGCGGUACGUCCUCGGAGGCGGAUCCGGGGAAGCGGGAAAGAGCAUGGAUGCCUCGGUGCUGAGUGCAGAGAAACACAAGCUUGGGCUCCGCCUACUUCAGUUCAGUUCUGGCAGCGACACAAAGGCAGCGGCACAAGCUGACGUUGUGCUUCCGCUCGGAAGAGAGGUUGAAGGUGUUCCGUCCAUGUAUUUUGGAGGUCUGCUUUGGAUACCACUGCUUCACGUGGCUCCAGAGAAUCCUUGCACUCGGGUUGUGGGACGUGCACUGCUUUGUAUCGAAGCUUGCAGGCCCAACGUUUCCAGAGACCUUCGGCUCCUAAGGCAGGUGCCUCUGGCACCUGCCGGUUUGUACCUUCCGCUUUACAAGGAUUGGGAAGCGCCAAGGCCACCCACUUGCCCAGUUCCUGGACCUGCUUCGUGGCCGCUGGAGUCAGCGGUGCGAGCUUUGGCUGGGGAUGACUUGUGGAAGAAGCUCAACGACGAAGCGGUGAAGCCUGGCAUCAUUUCUUCUGGAGCUUUUCAAAAGGCCCUGCAAGCUGCGGCGGAAAGUUCAACGUCCCCGCUUUUCCGUGCAGCUUCGGCUUCCGCGACCACGCCUGCGGCCAGUGGCGCGGGAGUGGAAGACUUGCACUUCCUCGUGGCGACUCUCGCGCCCAUCAUGGCAGAUGCUGGCUCGACGGUUCCUUUCAGGCCGCUGCUUCUUUGGAUGGGUCUUCGCAAGCUCGCCCGCUUGAUACUGCCCAUUGCAAGAGGCCUGCUGCAGCAACUCCAGCAGCUGGAGCUCAAGGGUGACGCAGGCUGCGUGAGUGCUGAUGGAGCCGUUACGACUUGCUUAUGCAGUGUCCUUUGCGAGCUUCCAGGCCGUGCUCCAGGCAUCGUGGCACAUGCUGUGAACCGAAGCGCAAGCACAGUCUCAGUGGCAUUGGUUGCAGAUCUGCCCGCAGCUCUGUGGCAGCUGAUCUCCCAAAGAUCCGAAUGGCUGGCCGGAGGCCAUUGGCACUUUGACUACAUUGUCUUCCUUUGGGACUUGCAGGCUGCCAGCGGCAGCGAAGUGGCCUUGCAAGGUACACGUGGCCGAGACACUUCCGCGGGAGCAGAGAAGAUCGGGAAGGCUGGCACCGAUGUGCUCUUCUGGCCGCUGCGAUCUGAACUUCACCUUCAGAGGCGAGAGCCGACUGUCUCUCCCCGCAGUCCGGUGCAGAGAGAUGCCAUGGCACUUCCAAGGCCGCGGGGAACCUCCACGAGCUCGGCCGGACUGGCACCGCGCCCGCUGCCAUCGCUUCGGGGCUUCGAAGCACCGGCAGCGCAGAUGCCUUUCUCGGGCUCGGCGCCGGCUGUGCCGGCUGUGGCGGCUGUGCCGGCCGGUCUGCCGGGUCUCUGCCUUCCUGGCGCUCCCAGAGCUCGUUCACCGAGCCCCUUUUGGGAUCUAUCGGCACCCCGCCCGCUCCAAGAGCUUGGGGUCAAGAACGACAUAAAUGAAACAGUGCUGAGGGCUGUGUCAAGGCUUUCUGAUACAGAACUGCAGCUUCGUUCUCUAUCGGGCAGUGAGGAGGAGCAGCUGCAGCAACUGCGUGCAAGACACCAGCAGAAUUUGGAAAGCCUGGGCAUGCUACAAAAAUCCAUGCUGAUCCCAUCGGCGACGACCACAAUUCCGGCAGCAGCGGCUUCAGAUCCUGCACGCGAGAAUCGCGAGCGCAUUGCUUUGGAGGGCAUUGGAUCUACACCUUUGCUUGGCGUUUCAGCAUUGCUGGACCUCGCAAAUGCGAGCGCUUCGUUUCCAGAGAAGACUGGGGCUGGGCUGGGCCUGGGCGCUGGGCCCUUGCCGCCAGCUCUUGGGUCGUCUAUUGGCCGUCCGAGUCCACCAGAAAGCCCGCAGCCCGAGGCACGGCCUCCGAAUCUUCAGCUCGACGCCUUGAGUCAGACUGCUGGGCCAUUGCCGCCGCCAAGCCCGUGGAUGGCGGAAGCGGAAGGCUCUGAAAGCAUCCCUGACCAGCUUGACGGCAGGGUGAGUGCCGAUGACAUGUGA